GAAAACAGCGGCGCAUUCCGGUCAUGAGCCUCCCGCCGGCAAGGGGGACCCCCGCCCCCAGGUGCGCAGCCCGCGCCGCCCACGCCGGGCGCCAGGCGAGGGCGGCCGCGCUCUAGGACCCGAGGAGGAAGGGCUGCGGGGAGUCGGCGCCUCCAGCGGGCGCUGCCGCGAGCGGCCGGCCGAGGGGCUGGAAAUGAAAGUAAAGGGCUCCGGAGCCACACGCACGGAGCUGCCGGGGCGGCGGCGCCGGGGGCAGGAUGCGGCCGCCCGUAAUUAAAUAGCAUUUACUCUUAUUAUUACUAAUAAUAAUAACGUAAUCAUACCUCUAGUCAUAGCAUACCAUUUAUCGGGCUCGGCGCAGGCCCGCGGGGAGCGCUGCCCGGCCGAGAGACUGAUGGAGAGGCAGAGACGGAAAGCGGACAUCGAGAAGGGGCUGCAGUUCAUUCAGUCAACACUACCCCUAAAGCAAGAAGAAUAUGAGGCCUUUCUGCUCAAGCUGGUGCAGAACUUGUUUGCUGAAGGCAAUGACUUGUUCCGGGAGAAGGACUACAAGCAGGCCCUGGUGCAGUACAUGGAGGGGCUGAACGUGGCUGACUACGCUGCCUCUGACCAGGUGGCCCUGCCCCAGGAGCUGCUGUGCAAGCUGCAUGUCAACCGGGCCGCCUGCUACUUCACCAUGGGCCUGUAUGAGAAGGCGCUGGAGGACAGUGAAAAGGCGCUGGGCCUGGACGGCGAAAACAUCCGGGCACUGUUCCGCAAGGCGAGAGCCCUCAGUGAGCUGGGGCGCCACAAGGAGGCCUACGAGUGCAGCAGCCGGUGCUCCCUCGCCCUGCCCCACGAUGAAAGUGUAACUCAGCUUGGUCAGGAGCUGGCUCAGAAGCUUGGGCUGCGAGUUCGGAAGGCAUAUAAGAGGCCCCAGGAACUGGAAACCUUUUCUCUGCUCAGUAACGGCACUAUAGCUGGCGUGGCAGAUCAGGGAACUUCCGAUGGAUUGGGGUCCAUAGAUGACAUCGAAACAGACUGCUACGUGGACCUGCGAGGCUCCCCGGCCCCCCUCCCUUCUACUCCCACGAUGCCACUGUUCCCUCACGUCCUGGACCUGCUGGCCCCCCUGGACAGCGGCAGAGCCGUCCCGAGCACUGAGAGCCUGGAUGACUUCUCUGAUGGGGACAUCUUUGGGCCAGAGCUGGACACCCUUCUGGACUCACUGUCUCUGGUCCAGGGUGGACUGCCUGGCAGCAGUGUGCCCAGCGAGUUGCCCCAGCUGAUACCUGUGUUCCCGGGGGGUACCCCACUGCUGCCACCUGUGGUGGGUGGCUCCAUACCUGUCUCCAGCCCACUGCCCCCUGCCUCCUUCGGCCUCGUCAUGGACCCCUCCAAGAAGCUAGCUGCCUCUGUGCUGGAUGCCCUCGAUCCUCCAAGCUCUGCGCUGGACUCCUUGGACCUGCUGCCGUACUCGGACACUGGGCGGGAUGCCCUUGACAGCUUUGGGUCGGCCUGUGGCUCUCUGGACAAGCCCAGCUCCUUCGCGGGUGAGCCCUGGACAGAGGAAACCAGCUCACAGGACCAUCGUCCCCCAAGCGGUGUUCAGAAACCUGCUCCCUCGCCAGAGCCCUCCAUGCCCAACACUGCCUUGCUCAUCAAGAACCCCUUGGCUGCCACCCACGAGUUCAAGCAGGCCUGCCAGCUCUGCUACCCCAGAACAGGCCCCAAGGCGGGGGACUACACCUACCGCGAGGGACUUGAACACAAGUGCAAACGGGACAUCCUGCUCGGCCGGCUCCGGAGCUCUGAGGACCAGACCUGGAAGCGGAUCCGGCCCCGGCCCACCAAGACCAGCUUCGUGGGCUCCUACUACCUGUGCAAAGACAUGAUUAACAAGCAGGACUGUAAGUACGGGGAUAGCUGCACCUUCGCCUACCACCAGGAGGAGAUCGACGUGUGGACCGAGGAGCGCAAGGGCACCCUCAACCGUGACCUGCUCUUUGACCCGCUGGGCGGCGUCAAGCGCGGCAGCCUCACCAUCGCCAAGCUCCUUAAGGAGCACCAGGGCAUCUUCACUUUCCUCUGUGAGAUCUGCUUCGACAGUAAACCCCGGAUCAUCAGCAAAGGCACCAAGGACUCUCCGUCUGUCUGCUCCAACCUGGCCGCCAAGCACAGCUUCUACAGCAACAAGUGCCUGGUGCACAUCGUCCGCUCCACCUCCCUCAAGUACUCCAAGAUCCGCCAGUUCCAGGAGCACUUCCAGUUCGACGUGUGCCGCCACGAGGUGCGCUAUGGCUGCCUGCGGGAAGACAGCUGCCACUUUGCCCACAGCUUCAUCGAGCUCAAGGUCUGGCUGCUGCAGCAGUACUCAGGUAUGACCCACGAAGACAUUGUCCAGGAAUCCAAGAAAUACUGGCAGCAGAUGGAGGCCCACACAGGGAAGGCCAGCAGCAGCUUGGGUACCCCACGGACACACGGGCCCAGCACCUUUGACCUGCAGAUGAAGUUUGUGUGUGGCCAGUGCUGGAGGAACGGGCAAGUGGUGGAACCCGACAAAGACCUCAAGUACUGCAGUGCCAAGGCCCGGCACUGCUGGACCAAGGAACGGCGGGUCCUUCUGGUGAUGUCCAAGGCCAAGAGGAAAUGGGUGUCAGUGAGGCCACUGCCAUCCAUUCGAAACUUCCCACAGCAAUACGACCUCUGCAUCCAUGCGCAAAAUGGCCGCAAGUGCCAGUAUGUGGGCAACUGCUCCUUUGCACACAGCCCAGAGGAGAGGGACAUGUGGACCUUCAUGAAGGAGAACAAGAUCCUAGACAUGCAGCAGACCUAUGACAUGUGGCUGAAGAAACACAACCCAGGGAAGCCGGGGGAAGGGACCCCAAUCAGUUCUCGGGAAGGGGAGAAACAGAUCCAGAUGCCCACAGACUACGCGGACAUCAUGAUGGGCUACCACUGCUGGCUCUGCGGCAAGAACAGCAACAGCAAGAAACAGUGGCAGCAGCAUAUCCAGUCUGAGAAGCACAAAGAGAAGGUCUUCACAUCCGACAGCGACACCAGUGGCUGGGCCUACCGCUUCCCCAUGGGCGAGUUCCGGCUCUGCGACAGGCUCCAGAAGGGCAAGGCCUGCCCUGACGGGGACAAGUGCCGCUGCGCCCAUGGGCAGGAGGAGCUCACCGAGUGGCUGGACCGGCGCGAGGUGCUGAAGCAGAAGCUGGCCAAGGCGCGCAAGGACAUGCUUCUGUGCCCGCGGGAUGACGACUUUGGCAAAUACAACUUCCUGCUGCAAGAGAGCGGGGGCACCACUGGUGUCUCCCCAGAAGCCCCUGCUGCUUCCACUGUAACUGGGGAGUAAGGCCAGCUCCUGGCUGUGGGUAAAGUCCUAGGGUUGGGGAGUAGGGCUGGGGACAGAGGGCCUGAUAGCAGGGUCAGGGCAAGCCAGGGCUGGGGGUUAGGGGCCGCCCUCGCCAGGCAGCCCCCGGCCCCCUAAGGCCCUAUUCAUCCUCUCUGCCCACCCUGCCCCAGUGUGCAGACCCAGGUGCACGUGCUGCAGCCCCAAGUGGUCCCAGGGUCCUCAUCCUGCUGAAACCCUGGGCAGACCCUCCCCCACCCCCUCAGUUCUCAUGAUUGGUGAGGGAGGGGCUGGCUGACCCCUCCAGCUUCAGCCUAUAGCUUUAACUUCUGUCUGCUCCUGAAGGGGGCCUGAAGCUCAGGGCUGGGGAGCCUGUGGUCCCCACUUGAAUCUGCAGCAGGAAGGUCCCUCUCUUGCCCCACCCUCACCCACCCCCAUCUCCUUGGGGGCAGAUCAGGACACAGCAAUGGGCAGGAGGCCCCAGUUAGCUUUAAAUGCUCCCCCAGGAUGGAGCUGGGGGCACUGUACUGGUCACUUACCUUCCGGGGCCUCAGUUUCCCCUCUUGUUGGAGUAGUGGAAGUUGGCUGAGCUAUGUGAUCCCUGGAGCCUGACUAAGGAGUCUGGCUCUCUCUAGUGAGGCCACCAGCCCAGCCCCUGCCCCUCAUGGGCAACCGAAUGUAGACUGUAGAUCUCAGAGCCUUGAGAGAUGACCCAGCCCAAACUCCCAUUUUACAGAUCAGAAAACUGAGGUCUAGAAAAGAGGAGUGAUGCCCUGGCCCACAGGGUCUCCAGCCCAUGGCAUGAGGGAACUGGUGGGACACAAACUGGUCAAAAGACUCUGAGCACUUGUGAACUGGAGCCUCCAGGCUCUCAGUAGAGAUGGGACGGCCUCCAAAUCGGUGUACAGCUGGGGCCCCAGGGGCUGGGUAGGGAGGCGCAGGAGCUUGGUCUCAUCAGUACCCUACAGAGGGAGAGUCCUUUCCUAGGGAGCAUAGCAACAAAGGUUACUUCUCCACGCCUGCCCGGAGAAAGGUGGUGACAGGAAGGCACCCAUGGACUCAGGUUCUGCAUGAAGUACUGGGAGGGUAGGGAUCACCGAAUACGGAGAGAAGGGAGACUUGACCUGGGGCACCAUGGGCCACUCCCGGCUGGGACACAGCCCCUCUUGGGAACCCAGCAUAGUCCUAUCUCCCUCAUUUGCUAGACCCAGACAUACAAUUAUGACCAUGUGUCCCAGCCCCUCCCUAACCGCUGGCCCUGCCAGUUGCCUGGGAUCCCAGCUGACCUCAAGUCCCUGCUCCCACCCACCAAGCCCUCACCCAUCCCUCUCGUCUGAUGUGUCCAUGUGCACCCCCUCCUCUCCAUUCCACCCACUGUGGGCAGACCCAGCCUCCCCUGGUUCCCUAGACAUUCCAGAAUGUCCCACACCAUUGGCACAAGGAGUGGGCCCCCUCCCCAGGAGGAACCAGGGACCAAGGCUGAAGUUGGGGGUGGGAGGGUGAGAUGGAAAGAAUGGAAUCCCCCUUAUUUCUCCUCCUGCAAGGAUUGAUAGUGCGUGAGGAUGUAUGAUGGGCACCCCGGGCCGCAGAGAACCCUGUUCCUCUUGCUGCCUCUGCCCAACCUUUUCCCAGUAAUUGUGGCAUGCAUCCCUUCCUUUCCCUGCCCCCUUCCCCCAGCAGGCCAGCACUGCAGAGUUUGGGUGCUGGUGGUGUGGCUGGAGGGGAGAAGAGACCACACCCAAGGUUGGGGCCGUGGCUGUGAAUGUCAGUGACACUUGUUUUCCCUGAUCCAUGGUGUUGCAGUCUGUUGUCACCAGCCUUGUUUUUAGUGUGUAUAUAUGUCGCCCCCGUGAUGCAUAUAUACACAGGUAUUAAAUAUAUCGCUCUAUAUAAUAUUAUAUAUGUGUGUGGUAUCCAAGAAAUCACUUCUAAUGAGGGCUAAAGAUAAAGAAUUUGGCCAGAAAAUGCAGCCAUCCUGGUGUAAUUAGGAUGGAUUUUCAGGGUUGUCAGGCUGUUUUCAAGGACUCAGGGCAUGGAGCCAUGGGUCAGCGGUAAUUUGGGCAGUAGGGGUAGAAGUGGCUCCUGCCUGGGCCCAGCUCUGUCUGACAGCCUCCAGACCACCCCAGCCUAGUGGGCAGAGAGCAGGGGUGCUCAGGGAAAGAAAAUAUUGGUGUUUGUCUCCCACCCAAAGGAAUAGGAUUGGAGUCCAGAUUUUUCUCCAACCUGUUAUCCACCCAAGGGCCACUGGAAUCUGGGGCUCCCCAUCCUGGCCAGAGUGGGAUCUCCACAGAGUUGCAAAGAAACAAGCGGCAGAGAAUGGGUGAUGGAGAGAAUCAGCAAUAUACACUUUGAAUGAGGACAGUGAUUAUUUCAGUUGUGACCCUGCCUGGGAGGUUAGGAGAAUUAAAUCAGGGUCCUGUGCCCACUGCCAGCACAAUGGGAUGAGACAUUACAUGAACAUGAGGUGAGGGGCAAGUGUCCCUCAUGGAAAUGUCCCUUUGGGGUGGGGCAAAAAGGGAUGCUGCAUUUCUCAGCUAGGCAGUAAUCAAUUUAAUGGUCCUUUUAAAAUGUCUGUGUAUUAAAAAUUUAGGAAUACCACACUUUAAUAUUAAAUAUUCAUGAGGUCUAGUAUCUUGAUAAUAAUGUAGAUGUUUUAAUAACGAUUUUUGUCCUUCUUAAAAUAAAAUGAAAAACUUCUUUUAGCCUUUGUUCUGAAAAUAAACAUGCACUUUGACCUCUGUC